AUGAGGGGCCUCCUUCCACCGGGUUACCAGACCAUGGAGGAGCAAAUGCAGCAGUUCAGUGAGUACACCCUCGUACGCGUGCGGCAGUACGAGGCCAUUGAACGCAAGCCCAGGUCGUCUGACGACCCCGUCGACCUGCAGAAGUGGCGCAUCCUUCCCACGUCGCAUUUUCCUUCGUUCCCAUCCCCCACUCGUUCCCACGCCCCUUUUUCAUUCGUUCCCAUCCCCCACUCGUUCCCAUGCCCCUUUUUCAUUCGUUCCCAUCCCCCACUCGUUCCCACGCCCCUUUUUCAUUCGUUCCCAUCCCCCACUCGUUCCCACCCCCCCCACCCAGUGCGGCAGUACGAGGCGAUUGAACGCAAGCCCAGGUCGUCUGACGACCCCGUGGACCUGCAGAAGUGGCGCAUCCUCAACCGCCUGCACGACCGCAACGAGACCAUGUAUUACCGGGUAGUGGACCUGCAGAAGCGGCGCAUCCUCAACCGCCUGCACGACCGCAACGAGACUCUGUAUUACCGGCCCGACGACCCCGUGGACCUGCAGAAGCGGCGCAUCCUCAACCGCCUGCACGACCGCAAUGAGACACUCUAUUACCGGAUCCUGAUGGACAACAUAGAGGAGAUGUCGCGCAUCGUCUACACGCCCACCGCCCCCUUCUUCCCAUCAUGCUCCAUAUCAUCCCUCCCCCUCCCCCCACCCCCCUCCACGCAUCAGAUCCUGAUGGAGAACAUAGAGGAGAUGUCGCGCAUCGUGUACACGCCCACCGUGGGCAUGGUGUGCCAGCGCUACGCCUCCCUCUUCCGCCGCCCGCGGGGCAUGUACUUCAGCGCGAACGACCAGGGCGAGAUGGCCUCCAUGGUGCACAACUGGCCCUCCGACCAUGUGGAUUUCAUAGUGAUCACGGAUGGCAACAGGGUGUUGGGGGUGGGCGACUGUGGCGUGCAUGAGCUCACUGCCAUUACCGCUCUCCCCUACCCACUCCCUCCUGCCGGGUGCCUGUCUCACCGCCAUACCCGUGCUCUCCCCUACUCACUUUCCCCUACCCUCCCUCUCUACCUGCUCUCUCAGGUGGACAUCAUAGUGAUCACGGAUGGCAGCAGGGUGCUGGGCGUGUCAGCGCCGGUGGACAUCAUAGUGAUCACGGACGGCAGCAGGGUGCUGGGAGCGGGCGACUGUGACGUGCAGGGAGCUUGUCGCACCGCCACACUCCUGCUCUCCCCUACCCACCCCUUAGACCUACUCUUCUACCCGCCCUCACUCUUUCAGGUGGACAUCAUAGUGAUCACGGACGGCAGCAGGGUGCUGGGAGCGGGCGACUGUGACGUGCAGGGAGCUUGUCGCACCGCCACACUCCUGCUCUCCCCUACCCACCCCUUAGACCUACUCUUCUACCCGCCCUCACUCUUUCAGGUGGACAUCAUAGUGAUCACGGACGGCAGCAGGGUGCUGGGAGCGGGCGACUGUGACGUGCAGGGAGCUUGUCGCACCGCCACACUCCUGCUCUCCCCUACCCACCCCUUAGACCUACUCUUCUACCCGCCCUCACUCUUUCAGGUGGACAUCAUAGUGAUCACGGACGGCAGCAGGGUGCUGGGAGCGGGCGACUGUGACGUGCAGGGAGCUUGUCGCACCGCCACACUCCUGCUCUCCCCUACCCACCCCUUAGACCUACUCUUCUACCCGCCCUCACUCUUUCAGGUGGACAUCAUAGUGAUCACGGACGGCAGCAGGGUGCUGGGAGCGGGCGACUGUGACGUGCAGGGAGCUUGUCGCACCGCCACACUCCUGCUCUCCCCUACCCACCCCUUAGACCUACUCUUCUACCCGCCCUCACUCUUUCAGGUGGACAUCAUAGUGAUCACGGACGGCAGCAGGGUGCUGGGAGUGGGUGACUGUGGCGUACAGGCCGUGUCAGCACCGGUGGAGAAGCUGGACAUGUACGUGGCUGCUGCUGGCAUCAACCCCAACCGGCUGGUGUCAGCACCGGUGGAGAAGCUGGACAUGUACGUGGCUGCUGCUGGCAUCAACCCCAACCGGGUGACACCGGUGGAGAAGCUGGACAUGUACGUGGCUGCUGCUGGCAUCAACCCCAACCGGCUGGUGUCAGCACCGGUGGAGAAGCUGGACAUGUACGUGGCUGCUGCUGGCAUCAACCCCAACCGGGUGAGUAAAUGA